AUGGCCGCAGAACAGAGAAAGCUCCUUGAGCAGCUUAUGGGCGCUGGAGCAUCCUCCCGCGCAGCACAGCUUUCAAUUACAGAUCCAAAGAUUUGCCGUUCUUUUCUCGUCGGUACUUGUCCUCACGAUCUUUUCACAAACACGAAACAAGAUUUAGGGCCAUGUCCAAAGAUCCAUUCAGAGCCAUUAAAGACGGAGUUUGAAACUGCAGCACCUCCUCAAAAACAGAAAUGGGGUUUCGAAUACGAUUACAUGCGCGACUUACAGAAAUACAUUGAUGAAUGUAAUAGAAGGAUAGAUGUCGCACAGCGACGCUUGGAGAAAACACCCGAUGAAAUUCGACAAACAAACGCCCUUCUCAAACAGAUAUCUGAUCUAUCGAAAUCCAUCGAGUCAGGUCUAUUAGAAAUUCAGAUUCUGGGAGAACAAUCGGAGGUAUCGCGCGCUUACGAGGAGUUCUUCCGUAUAAGACAGGCUAUGCAAACAAAGGCGGAGAAAGAAAAGGAGCUGAAGGCAUUAUCAGAUACUAGCGGGCCUUCAGGACAUCAAAAAUUACAAGUUUGUGAUGUGUGCGGAGCUUAUUUGAGUCGGCUGGAUAACGAUCGAAGAUUGGCAGACCAUUUUUACGGAAAAAUGCAUCUAGGUUAUGCGCAAAUGAGGAAGACAUACGACGCAUUCCCGAAGGAGAUGAAGAGAUCAAGACCUAGCGCUGAUGACAUGGAUCAUAAUUCGGCGCCGAGAGGGUAUGAUGGAGGUUAUGGUGAUGGUGGAUACGGCGGCAGAGGGGGUGGAUAUGGAGGACGUGGUGGGGGAAGAGGUGGAUUUAGAGGCAGGGGAAGAGGAUUCAGAGGUGGAUGGUAA